UCGAGCGGGCCCCCACUUCUCGGCCCGACCCAGACCCUUCUGCGCCUCCCUUGGCCUUUGUCCGGCUCCAGGAGGCCGGCCCCGCGCCCCCUGGCAGCCGCCGGUGCCCGAGCACGCAUCAGCCUCCUGGCUACAUACGCGAGCUCGGGGAAUCUGUGGCCUCCGUGACCCCUCUCCCCAGCCCGCCUUGUUGUGGAGCCCGGCGGGGCGGCGACUGCCAGGGCCGGGUUUGCGGCGCUCAGGAGAGGCCCCGGCUCCGCCCCGGGCCUGCACAGGGGGAGAGCGGAGCGGUCAGCAGCCGGGUCGGGUCGGGGCCCCUCCCGAGAGGAGAGUGAAGCGGCAGCGGCGGCAGAAAAGAUGGAAGAACUGCAUAGCCUGGACCCACGAAGGCAGGAAUUACUAGAGGCCAGGUUCACUGGAGUUGGUGUAUUCAUAUGCUCAGCCAAAUGUGCAUAACUGUAAAUCAACACUAAGGGCACCUGAUGGUUAAGGUCAAGGAGAUUCUCGCGAAGGAUCCAGAGACCCUGGGAGAAGGACAACAAGAAUGAGUGUGUUUCUGGUAAAUACACCACAGGGUCUGUUAACCUUCAAGGAUGUGGCCGUGGAAUUCUCACUGGAGGAAUGGGAACGUCUCAGUUUUGCUCAGAGGUCAUUGUACAUAGAUGUGAUGUUGGAGAAUUACAACAAUCUGUUGUUUGUGGAAAAUCAUUUCAUAUGUGCAAAGUGUGGGAAGGCCUUGGAUGAAGACAGCCAGUACAUUGUCCAUGAACACAUGAAUAUUCAAGAGAAGUCUUCUAAAUGGAACAAGCUUAGCAAUGUUAUUCUUGAAUCCCCCCAUUGUGUACCUCACAAAUGUAGUGAAUGGGACAAAUGCUUUUCCCAAAGAUCCCAUCUUAGUAUUCAUCAGAAAAUUCAUACAGGAGAGAAACCUUACAAAUGCAGUGAAUGUGACAAAUGCUUUACUGAAAAAGGCAUACUGAGAAUUCAUCAGAAAAUUCAUUCAGGAGAGAAAUCUUACAAAUAUCAUGAAUGUGACAAGUGCUUUCCCAAAAAAUCCCAUCUUAGUAUUCAUCUGAGAAUUCAUAAAGGAGAGAAACCCUACAAAUGUAGUGACUGUGACAAAUGCUUUACUGAAAAACGCAAACUGAGAAGGCAUCAGAAAAUUCAUACAGGAGAAAAACCUUACAAAUGUAGUGAAUGUGACAAAUGCUUUAUACAAAAAUACAGUCUUAGUGAUCAUCAGAGAAUUCAUACAGGAGAGAAACCUUACAAAUGUAGUGAAUGUAACAAAUGCUUUAUACAAAAAUCCAGUCUUAAUAAUCAUCAGAGUAUUCAUACAGGAGAGAAACCUUACAAAUGUAGUGAAUGUGACAAAUGCUUUACUGAUAAACGCAAUCUGAGAAGGCAUCAGAAAAUUCAUACAGGAGAGAAACCUUACAAAUGUAGUGAAUGUGAGAAAUGCUUUACUGACAAAGGCAGUCUGAGAAGGCAUCAGAAAAUUCAUACAGGAGAGAAACCUUACAAAUGUAGUGAAUGUGAGAAAUGCUAUACUGACAAAGGCAGUCUGAGAAGGCAUCAGAAAAUUCAUAAAGGAGAGAAACUUACAAAUGCAGUGAAUGUGACAAAUGCUUUACUGAAAAAGGCAAUCUGAGAAUUCAUCAGAAAAUUCAUUCAGGAGAGAAACCUUACAAAUGUCAUGAAUGUGACAAGUGCUUUCCCAAAAAAUCCCAUCUUAGUAUUCAUCUGAGAAUUCAUAAAGGAGAGAAACCCUACAAAUGUAGUGACUGUGACAAAUGCUUUACUGAAAAACGCAAACUGAGAAGGCAUCAGAAAAUUCAUACAGGAGAAAAACCUUACAAAUGUAGUGAAUGUGACAAAUGCUUUAUACAAAAAUACAGUCUUAGUGAUCAUCAGAGAAUUCAUACAGGAGAGAAACCUUACAAAUGUAGUGAAUGUAACAAAUGCUUUAUACAAAAAUCCAGUCUUAAUAAUCAUCAGAGUAUUCAUACAGGAGAGAAACCUUACAAAUGUAGUGAAUGUGACAAAUGCUUUACUGAUAAACGCAAUCUGAGAAGGCAUCAGAAAAUUCAUACAGGAGAGAAACCUUACAAAUGUAGUGAAUGUGAGAAAUGCUUUACUGACAAAGGCAGUCUGAGAAGGCAUCAGAAAAUUCAUACAGGAGAGAAACCUUACAAAUGUAGUGAAUGUGAGAAAUGCUAUACUGACAAAGGCAGUCUGAGAAGGCAUCAGAAAAUUCAUAAAGGAGAGAAACUUACAAAUGCAGUGAAUGUGACAAAUGCUUUACUGAAAAAGGCAAUCUGAGAAUUCAUCAGAAAAUUCAUUCAGGAGAGAAACCUUACAAAUGUCAUGAAUGUGACAAGUGCUUUCCCCAAAAAUCCUAUCUUAGUAUUCAUCCGAGAAUUCAUAAAGGAGAGAACCCUUACAAAUGCGAAUGUGAGAAAUGCUUUACCCGAAAAUCCUAUCUUAGUAUUCAUCAGAGAAUUCAUACAGGAGAGAAACCUUACAAAUGCAGUGAAUGUGACAAAUGCUUUACUGAAAAGGGCAAUCUGAGAAGGCAUCAGAAAAUUCAUACAAGAGAGAAACCUUACAAAUGUAGUGAAUGUGAGAAAUGCUUUACUGACAAAGGCAGUCUGAGAAGGCAUCAGAAAAUUCAUAAAGGAGAGAAACCUUACAAAUGCAGUGAAUGUGACAAAUGCUUUACUGAAAAAGGCAAUCUGAGAAUUCAUCAGAAAAUUCAUUCAGGAGAGAAACCUUACAAAUGUCAUGAAUGUGAUAAGUGCUUUCCCCAAAAAUCUUAUCUUAAUAUUCAUCCGAGAAUUCAUAAAGGAGAGAAACCUUAUAAAUGUAGUGAAUGUAAAAAAUGCUUUACCCGAAAACUCGAAAUUAGUAUUCAUCAGAGAAUUCAUACAGGAGAGAAACCUUACAAAUGCAGUGAAUGUGACAAAUGCUUUACUGAAAAAGGCAAUUUGAGAAGGCAUCAGAAAAUUCAUACAGGAGAGAAACCUUACAAAUGUAGUGAAUGUGACAAAUGCUUUACCCAAAAAUUCCAACUUAGUAUUCAUCAGAGAAUUCAUACAGGAGAGAAACCUUACAAGUGUAGUGAAUGUGAAAAAUGUUUUACUGACAAAGGCAGUCUGAGAAGGCAUCAGAAAAUUCAUACAGGAGAGAAACUUUCAAAUGUAGUGAAGGUGACAAAUGUUUUAAUCACAAAUCCCAUCUUAGUAUUUAUCAGAGAAUUCAUACAGGAGAGGAACCUUACAAAUAGUUUGUAUGUGACAAAUACAAUACUCACAAUGUCAGUCUGAGAAAUCAUCAGUUAUUUCAUACAGUAGAGAAUCUUUAUAAAUGAAGUGAAUGAGACAAUUCUUUACCAAGAUACAGCAUCUUAAAAUUCACUAGAGAAUACUUACAGAAGAGGAACUUUUCAAAUAUAUCGAAGGUAUGAAUUCUUUAUUUUUGCCUAUUUCCUAGAAUGUAACUGUGAAUGCUAAUAAGCUAGAAACUUAACGCAUGUAUUGUAUGAAGAAAUAUCUUUGAAUUCAUUUUAGUCAGAGAAAACAUCUAAGAACUUUUUAAGGGAAAGUAUUUCUGUUGAGAAAAAGGUGGCAUAUGUUUUAUUCAUGGCAUAUUCUUGGCAAUACUCAAGGCUCCACACUAGAGAAUUAGUAUAAUUAUGAGAAUCUUUUGAAAAUUUUCAUGCAAUGUUCAAAUCUUAAAUAAUGUCGACUCUGACAAUUUGAAAAAAUGUAGCAAGCCUUUCUUUCUUUCUUUCUUUCUUUCUUUCUUUCUUUCUUUCUUUUUUUUGGGGGGGGGUUGGUUUUUAGAGACAGGGUUUCUCUGUAUAUCCAUGGCCAUCCUGUAGACCAGGCUGGCCUCGAACUCAGUAAUCCGCCUGCCUCUCUCUCCCGAGUGCUUGGAUUAAAGACAUGUGCCACCACGCCCAGUUGUAGAAAGCUUUUCAUGACACCUUUUUAUUUGUUCACCCUCAAAUGUGGCAAGAUGAAGACAAGCUGGGAAGUCAGAAGAUAGUAUUGUGUAACACUUUCUUUAAGACAGAAAUAAUCCAUUUCAAAAGGAAACUAUUUAAGGUCUUUAAUACAAUCCUCAAAAUAUCUAAUAAAACUGGUAACAUUCUGUAUAUUUAAUUAAAAUGAACCAAUUAAGAUAAAAAUAUACUUAAAAGAUUAUCUGGCAAACUGAGCUACCCAGACAGCAUAUUCUUUAUUCUAUAAAUAUGCUUGCAGAUGUGAAGUGUGCUUCGAGUAUCCAGUAAUCAUAAUUCUUCUCAAAUACUUGUUUCACAUUAUAGGAUAACAAGUGACUCCGAGUCUCUUGUGAUCUGCUCAACAACUCCUUUCCUAUUGUCCUGUAACUAACUCCAAUAAAGCUGAAAGAUUCUA